UUGGGAAGACAACUGCCUCUGGUUUAAUUUUAAUUAUUAAAUAGCCUCAGAAGCAGAAUUUAUGCGAGAAGGAAGGAAAAUAUUUAUCAUAUGUAUAUAAAUGGUAUUCCAAAUGGAACGGUCUAUGGUGGAUGGUAGACAUUGACAAGCUUGAUUUCGAAUAUUACUUACCAAUUUUCUGCGAUGCCCUCGACGAAACGCAGUUCCCUUUUGACCUACUCGCCAGAGAUGGCACGAUUGAGAUUCUCGAGGUCGCCAAGGACAGAGUUCUCAAUGUUCUACCUGAUGUUGUCGCUGGAAUGAAGAAAGCGUUGAAUACAGAGAAGCCACAAGUCAUCAUGAAUGUGUGUGCAGUUCUACAAAAAUUAGCAACUAUUUCGCCCGUUGUCAAUUUAGCUCUUAUAAAACACUAUCGCACGCUACUGAUUCCCGUCUUCUCCAAGUACAAAACAGUGCGCAAGAACUUCAAGCGUGGUGAGAUCAACUAUGGCCAGAGACGACGCAAUCUCAGUGACAUCAUUAACCAGACACUCGGCCUGCUGGACAAGACCGGAGGGCCGGCUGCCUACGUGGAGAUAAAGUACGCCGUCCCCACCUUCGAAUCCGUCUACCACAACGCCUAG